AAAUUGGAAGGUCCAUGGUGAAAAAAGUGAGUGUGAGACCCAUAGUGAAAAAUGAAUGAAGAAUGUGGAAGCUUCAAGAUACCGUGUGGGAUGUUCAUUGAUUGCAUAUAAUUCAGUGACAUGCAGGCGCAAAAAUGGGCGCCAUGUUUGUGAUAACAGUUUUGAUUGUAUCACUUGACAGCUACCAAACUCAGAAUUCUUUAUUAUUUUCUUUAACAUUGUCAUUCACAUCGAGAGUUAGAAGUGGAAUCUGAUUUUAACUUAUCUUCUAUUCUUUUUUAGUCGCUUUAGCAACUUAAAUGUUUGCUGAAUCAAGAUCUAUUUUUUUAACUUGAAUGCUUCCUGCAAUAUGAGCCUCUGUUUUUUUGAGCUUGGACGUUUCCUUCAAUUCAGUGUGCUGUAUAACAUUAUGCGGCUUAUUCAAAUGACCAAUCUUUUAAGUAAAAUGGAAUUGUAUGUAAUGUAUCACAUUUGGGGGUUUCAUUUCCAGGUAGUCAGUUAACUGUUUUCUUGAUAUGUGAUUGGUUUACUGUUACAAAUUUCUUUCAUUUGCUUCGAUCCCAAAUUUUUACGCCUAUUGUUGUCAUUUGCUCUCUUUUUCUUUUCCUUUUUAUCAUUACAAAAGCCUCUUGAAGAUUGUGCAACUUAUCACCCAAAGAAUUCAAACUUCGAUGAGCACAAGCUUUUGAAGUUUAACUUGCUAGUGGAACAUAGAUUUUUUCCCCUUCGACUGGAAAUCUUGCAUCAUUUGCGUUUUUUAAAUCAGUUUUUCUCAUUUUUGAUUUCGAAUUGAAGCCUCCAUGUCUUAUUUUCUUCUCAUUUCACCUCAAAUUGCUCUGUUUCAAAUUUUUUCCCUUAUUUGCUUUUCUUAAAUCAGCUUUUCUCAUUUUUUAUUUCGAGUUGAAGCCUCCAUCACCAUGUCUUAUUUUCUUCUCAUUUCAUCUGAAAUUGCUCUGUUUCAAAUUUUUUUUCCCUUAUUUGCUCUCUCGAUGUUUAUGUUUGUGCAGUAAAUAAUUACUGUUCAGAUGAUUGGAUUUAAGGUGAAAGGAUGGGUCUAGUGGACAUCAUUGGAAAAUCAGAGGAAGAUGCUUCCUUCCUAAUGGAGAAACAUCGGACUUGGAGUGGAUGAAGAGAUGCAAUUAUUUUUUUCUCAGUUUGAAAACUUCAGAUAAUGUUGGGUGAUGUUCUUCACCAUAUCUGGAUUUUUGCUGAUGCGCCUCCAUUGGAUGCAAUUAUGGAUACGAGAGUAACUGGAUAGAUGAGCAACUUGAAAAGGGAAUGGUACCUUGGAUUCACAAGAAAGAUUAUGGCCAUUUACAGACUUUUGCAAUUUGGGAAAUUUGAAGCAAGCUGAACUUUUGAAAAGAAAUUUGGAGUAUAUUACUUUUCGUUCCAUUACUAAAUACCCCAUAGUACAGGGAUGAUUCUAGUUCAUCCUUAUUGUGUGCCCAAUCUAAUGGAGAUAAUUGCCAUUUCUGCAUUGGAAAACUGAAUUAUCAUAUUUGACACUAUAACCAGCAAGUUCGAACUUGCUCUAAGCAGCCUAUAAGAGGCUUGAGUUAGUCUUGUCUUCAAGAUAUUCUAUAUGCACAACAAUGAGAAAUGGUCAGAGUCAGAUUCUCUGUUACGGCAUGCCUGAAACAUUUCUGCAAUUUCUAUACCCUUUGUCAGUGGAACUCCUACAUAAGGGAAGCUGUGAACCAAGGCCAUGCGGAGAAGGCCCUUUUUCUUUUCCGUCAGAUGAAGCAAAAGGGUGUCCAACCCAACAAUUCCACGUUCCCCUUUAUAGCCAAAGCUUGCGCCAGACUCUUAGAUACCAAACAAUCCCAAAUCAUCCAUGCCCUUGCCAUGAAAUCAUGGUUUCAAUCAAAUGUUUUUGUGCAAACUGCAAUGGUUGACAUGUACAUUAAAUGCCACCAACUUGAAGACGCAUACAAUGUCUUUGUUGAAAUGCCCAUGAGGGAUGUCGCUUCUUGGAAUGUUGUAUUGUUGGGUUUUGCUCAGGCGGGUUUCCUUGAACAGGUUUCUUGUCUUCUGCAUCAGAUGAGGGUUUCUGGAGCUCAACCUGACUCCAUAACUGUUUUGGCUCUGAGUCAUGCUGUUUUGACUACGAAAAAUCCUAGAUUUGUUGGUGCUAUUCAUUCUUUUGGAAUUCGGAUUGGAACUCUAAUUGAUGUGUCAGUGGCUAAUACUUUGAUUGCUGCAUAUGCUAAAUGUGAUGACUUGGUCUCAGCAGAGACAAUGUUUGAUGAAACUGAUAUUGGUUUAAGGUCUGUUGUCUCCUGGAAUUCCAUGAUUGCGGCAUAUUCAAAUUUUGAAAAACAUGACGAGGCUCUAAGUUGUUACAGAAGGAUGCUAGAUGGUGGGUUUUCUCCAGAUAUUAGCACCAUUCUCAAUUUGCUUUCAUCUUCUGUGCAUCCCAAAGCACUUCUUCAAGGUAUGUUGAUUCAUUCUCAUGCCAUCAAGUUAGGCUGUGAUUCCGACAUAUGUGUUGUUAACACACUUAUUUCUAUGUAUUCCAAGUGUGGAGACAUUCAUUCUGCAAGAUUUUUGUUUGAUGCCAUGUCUUACAGAACUUGUGUUUCAUGGACUGCUAUGAUCAAUGGGUACAUUGAGAAAGGAUAUAUGGAUGAAGGAUUGGCCUUGUUCUAUAAAAUGGAAGCAACUGGUGAAAAACCCGAUCUUGUCACUGUGCUUGCUUUGAUCUCAGGUUGCGGCCGAACAGGAGCUCUAGACCUUGGAAGAUGGACUCACGCUUAUUCCAUUUCCAAGGGAUUGAAAGAUAAUGUUGUGGUUUGUAAUGCACUAAUUGACAUGUAUGCCAAAUGUGGAAGUAUCGAUGAUGCUCGAGAGGUUUUUCAUAACUUGACUGACAAAACUUUGGUCUCCUGGACAACUAUGAUUACUGCUUGUGCUCUAAAUGGAAAUGUUAAUGAGGCUCUGGAUUUUUUUGCUGUGAUGGUGGACAUGGGAAUGAAACCAAAUCACAUAUCAUUUCUUGCCAUUCUUCAAGCUUGUGCACAUGGAGGUUUACUUGAUGAAGGAUUGGAAUGCUUCACUUUGAUGACUCACAACUAUGGCAUAUCCCCUGGUAUAGAUCACUAUUCAUGUAUGGUUGAUCUUCUCGGUCGUAGAGGACAACUGAAGGAAGCUCUGGAAAUUAUCAAGACCAUGCCUUUUGAACCUGAUGCUGGAAUUUGGAGUGCAUUGCUCGGUGCUUGCAAGCUUCAUCGUAAUCCGGCAAUGGCCCAGUAUGUGUUUGAACAGCUCUGCGAAAUGGAUGCUCAGCGGGCUGUUCCUUAUGUGGAGAUGGCUAACACAUAUGCUUCUGCUGAAAUUUGGGAUGGAGUUGCUGCUGUGAGGAGGAAGAUGAAACAUCUUAACGUGAAAAAGUCUCCAGGACAAAGCAUAGUUCAAGUGAAUGGAAAAUCUAGUAUGUUCACAGUUGGAGAUAGAGAUCACCCUCAAGCCUUGUAUGUAUAUGAUGUGUUAGAUGUUUUGACCUUGCAUUGUAAAAGAAGGAUAUGGACUCAUUCAGAGGAGAUUUCUGAACUUGAAUGGAAUUGAAGCCAUCACAGAA